UCCACUCAAACCGUGAGUGUUCGCAGCGGCUUCUGUUGAGCGCUGCCUCCUCAUCAGUCCAUCAGUCACCGCCACCAACCAUGGAACCCCACACGUUUUUGCUCCCAGCUCUGGCGCUCUUUUCGCUGGUUGCCACCACUUUUGCAAAGGUGCCGGUGACUGUUUACUACGAAUCACUGUGCCCGGACAGCAGGUAUUUCGUUCGCAGUAUUCUCGGCCAGCAAUACAGCAAAAUUGCAGACAAAAUUGAUUUGACUUUUGUCCCCUUCGGCAAAGCACGGAGUCUCCCUAACGGCAACUUCCAGUGUCAGCACGGACCCAGAGAAUGCAGGGGCAACAUGCUCCAGGCAUGCGCGCUGUCUCAGUUGAGUAAAGGCAAGACGCAAAUGGACUAUGUUUACUGCGCAAUGGACAGGCCUGGUUACAAUGACAAACAAUGCAUUGAAGAGGCAGGACUUAACUACUCAGAGAUUGAAAACUGCAUGCAGAAUUCCCUCGGCAGAGAAUUGUUGAUGAACCACGAGAUGGACACCAUCAGUAAUACCCCGGCACCAGCAGGCAAGGACCGAGGACCAAGUUUCGUCCCGACUAUCGUCUUGAACAAGGUCUACAACGAUGAUGACCAAAACACUGCCUUCUCGGACAUGGAGCUCGCAGUUUGCAAAUACACCGUAUGCUGAUUCAAAACCAACUCGCAUUGCCGGAUUUAACACAUUUCACAAAUUCAUCAGGAUGGUGUUCAUCAGAGAGGGUCUCGCAAUCCUCCUCUCGCGAACACAAACGCAACCUCCCAGCAUUGCAGCAGCUCCCUCCAGAUUCUUGGCAUGAAACCAGAGGCUACGAGUCUGGCGUAACCCUCUUGUGACCUUGGAACAGCGGUUCAAUAUCGAAAAGACAGUAGACGCUGACCACUGGGUAUCUAAUAAAGACUCGCAUUCGAAAACGUCACCAUGACCACCGCAGCGUUUUUAAGGACCAUUCAUCUCAAAAACAUUGAUCCUGGUUUGGCCUUGAUUGAGUAAUCUUCCAUCGGCCUUUAAUACAUCCUUAGUUUGUUAAAUAGAUAUUUCAUCAUGCAGAUGAGAGCCAUCUAAACGAAGGUGCUGUAAUUUAUCGAGGUGUUUUUAUCAUUUUUUGGAAUUUUAGUUAUGAAUUUAGCAUAAUAAGUUAAACAAGUACCCAUGACUCUCUUAUUACUAUUAGACUACCUUGAAGUCACCAUAUAUUAAAGAAUUUUAAAGCAUUUGCAUUUAUUUUCUCAAAUAAGAUCGCAGUCAAUUGAAUCUUUGAAUGUGAAUAAAUAUGUUGACCUGCUGUUGACCUACUUAAACUGGAAUGGUAUGACUACUUUGUUUGGAAUGAAUAAAUACAUGAUAUACCAUGAAACGGAAAUUUUAGAAAAUUUUAAUGUGCAAUAAGACAAAAGUUGUUUAGUAUCAAAUAACUGUCGAACACUAAUUUUUUGUAUUUGAUUUUCCGCUGGUUUUAAAGAAAACCCCAUGAUGACAGGUAAUUUACCUCGCAAUUAUAGCGAGGGACGAUUUCUUCCGAGAUUCCGACCUCAAUCAAACUUGUAAUGCGUUUACUUCCAAGAAACAUCCUUUGAUCCAAUAAAUGACAUAAUUCAGCA